AUGCAAAGGUCUGUGGUGUUCCCCCUCACAGAUUUGCUUCCUGGCCACCAGGUCGCAUAUCUCAGCGUCAAGAGCAGCGCCGAGAAGAUUACUGACAUCCAGGCUGAGUUUGCCAAGAUGAGCAGUAUGCUGGCAUCUUUGGACUAUGCGGUGGACGAGCUGGGGGAGCAAUGCCGCGACUUCACUUUAGCUGUCCAUGGAGUGGAAACCUUGUGCAUGGCUCCGAACUAUGAGAGCUCAGUCUCUAGAUCGCUGGGAAAUCUGAGCAACACCAUCGGCAACAUGACCAACAUCACUGCAUUCGAAGACUCUGCCGCAUGA